AACCAUUCAGCUUGCACUGAGGUUUGUUGGUCGUAAAACUCUUGUAAAAAGUUGGUCACAAAUGACGAAGCCCACUAUUUCAUGCACUUCAAAUGGACAACUAAGAAAAGCACCCAAAUUGGUUACAUUCCACCACACUUCAAAUGAAACUUAAGUGGAAAAAACUAAGAAACUUCUAGGAUGUUAUGAGUGAGUAAAAAAAAACCACACAAGAUUUGUUAGAUUCCAUGACAGUUCACACGAAACCAAGUGGAAAAAACUAAGAGACUUCUAGGAUGUUAUUGUGAGAUCCUACAUCGGUUCGAGAAGGGAACAAAGUAUUCUUUGUAAGGGUGUGGAAAACUCUCUCUAGCAAACGCGUUUAAAAAUCGUGAAGCUGACAACGAUACAUAACAGGUCAAAGCAAACAAUAUCUAUUAGUUCAAGGUCAAACCCCGAGUGAGUAAGCAAGGGCGUGCCUCAUGUAAGUUUGUGGUAUCACCACAAAUUCCCUUUGGAGCUUUACUUGGAGGGAGCUGCAAUUCCAAAAGCUGAAGUUGUUAUUCAAAUACAGACACCUGUUUUGGUUCAACUUUAUUUCAGCUUUUAAAGCACAUCCCUCUUUUCCCAAUAUCAAUAAACACCUCAGUUAAUUGGCCUCACACCCUUUAUCAAAAGCUUCUUUAGUUCCCCAUUUUCUUUUACUUAUCCUUGAUUCUGAGGAUUCUCAUUCAGCCUUGCUUAGAUGCCUCCUCUAUCUCCUCCUCCUUCUCCUCCUCUGCUGCCACCGCCACCACCGAGCCCUCUCGUGCCUCUGUCGGAAAGUUCACCGUCCCAUGAAGCAGCUGCUCUUCCAACAACCAUACCAUCCCCUGCCUCAGCAGCAGUCACUCAAGCAUCUGCUGCUCUUAUCCCUGCUGCUUCACCUUCAAGACAGGCAGACCUGACUCCUUUGGAGCAAAUAGUCAUACAAGAUCAAGCUACAAGACCACACACUCCACUGCUGAAUCCAAAUACCAUAGAUUCCAGUAACUACAGAAAAUCACAAUUACUACAGCAAGCUCGGCCACGCCAAACCAAUCCAAUUAUAUGGUGUUUUGCAAUCUUGUGUCUCAUUUUUAGUCUUCUCCUCAUCUUCCUUGGAAUUGCAACUUUAAUCAUUUUCUUGGUUGUUAGACCAAGAAAUCCUAUGUUUGACAUACCCAAUGCAAGCCUCAGCACCAUCUACUUCGACGCACCUGAAUAUCUCAAUGGUGACUUCACCGUUCUCGCAAACUUCACCAACCCGAAUCACAGAAUCGAUGUAAGAUACGAAAACGCAGACAUAGAGCUCUUUUUUGGGGAUAGACUCAUAGCAACUCAAGCAAUCCAGCCUUUCAGUCAAAGAAAAAGAGAAGUGAGGUUACAACCUGUUCACCUGAUAUCCAGUCUGGUUUACUUGCCACAGAAUUCCGGGUUCAUACUUCGACGACAGGUACAGAACAACAAAGUAAUCUAUAACAUCAGAGGAACUUUCAGAGUUAGAGCUUCACUGGGUGCCAUCCAUUACUCAUACUGGUUGCAUAGCCGAUGCCAGUUGGUGAUGACUAGUCCACCAACCGGUGUUUUAGUUGCUCGGAGUUGCAACACCAAGAGGUGAAGAAGCGAAAUGUAUAUAAUUGUAUACCUUCUACAAUAUCACUGCAUGGAUUGUCCAAAUUACAGAUAUGAAUAUAAGUCUGAACAGGUUUGAAACAUCAGUUAAAACACUAUUUUUUGGAUUCUACAUACUCAUACUUAAUGCAAGGAAAAUACUGGAUCAAAUAGGGCUUGUUUGUGGACCUUUUAGGUGACUUUUCACUCACAAUUAGUAUGAGUGAAACCUAGGAUCAACCAACAUAUAUGGCUCUGAGAAAAGCUUCAGGGGAAUUGUCUCAGAGUAUCAAUCAAAUAUCCCUUGAAGAUUCUCUGCUACAGAACAUUGUCUAAUUCUACCAUACUUACUGCUGGGAAUCCCAUAAAGAUUGCUAGACAAACGGCUACACAAUUUUGAACCCAAGACCUUAAAGUGCAUCUAGAUCUACAGCAUGUUAGUUGUCCCUUUUGACAGAUAAUUGAAUUCCACUAUACCAUAUGUUAUCAAUUAAUCCAAUCAAAGAUUUCAUUAUUAAGCAUGUCCCCAAAUGAAUAUUUAAAACAGAUAACCAUAUAUGAAAUAUAAAGCUUAGAUGGGGAAAAACCAGCAAAACUCAUAAUACUCCUAGUGAUUAAAUUUAAGCCUAGAUGGGGAAAAAAACUAGCUCCCUCACAUUGCAUAAAUUACAUUCACAAGAUUACUUUGUUCUAAACUAGAAAACAAUUACUGGAUGAGCGCAGGACAAGAUAUAGCUCAAUCUUACAAUCAAAAACGUUUUCCAAGACAA